UCUGCUGUUUUGCCAUGUUGGCACAGACCUGUUUACUUUUAUGGGACUUGUAGUAUUUGAUGUGAAGUUCUUAGAAUGUUCAAGAAUUUAAAGAAGAAGCUUGAACAACAAGGAGAAAAUGUGAGUGACAGUGAGAGGAAUCUACCUGGAUCACCUAUCCCUGUACACCAGACACCAAAAAAACCUGGUGCCAAGGUUUCAAGUCCUUUAAGUCAGGAUGGUCAUGGUUACGAGUCAGAUUCUGGAGCUGCAAACUCUGGUGAACAGCUCACAGGGACACAGGAGGAAUUGGCAGUUCUCCUGUCGAAGCGAACAGAACAGUGUAAAAAGUAUGAGGUAACAAUUAAAGAAUAUGCUGCAAUUAUCAAAGAGAAGAACAAGAAUACUGAAAAACUGGAGCAGACAUUGAAGAAGCAAGAAGAUGAUUCUGCUAAAAAAAUUCAAGAACUCCAGGAGCAGUUCCAAUGUAAGCAGGCCAAAAUGUCUGAAGGAUUUACACUGGCCUUGCAGAAGAAGGAUGAGGAGAAAGACAAGGUACUCCAGCGAUUAGAACAAGUUGGAGAUUACAAGAAGAAAUUUUUCAAACAAGAAGAGGAGAAUGACGAGUUCCAGGGGCUCGCUACACAAGAACUUGCCAAGGUCAAACAUAUGCUCCUCAACACCCAAGAAGAAGUGACACAGUUAAAAUCAGAAUUAGAACAAAAAUCUACAAGAUUAGUCCAAGCAGAACAGGAAAAAGUGAAAUACGAAAAGGAAUUACCCUCACUCCAAAGUCAGUUUGACAACCAGAAGCUUCAAUGUUAUCAAUUAGAAGAAGAGACCAAGGAAUAUUCGAGGAUGGUGGCCAGUUUAACCAGUGGGAAAGACGCCUGUGAGAAGGCUAUAGAGAGACUAAACAACGAGCUUUCCCAGCUAUCUAGUCAGUUGAAAUCAGUGGAAGGCACCAAGACAGAACUUGAAAAUCAAAAUGAGUCCCUGCGACACAACUUUGAUCAGCACAAAAAUAAGACAACCCAGCUACUGGAGGAGAAAAAUGACCAUGUCUCCCAGUUACAGAACAGAGUGAAGAUGCUGGAACAGCGAGUACAGGAUCAAAGUCUAGGUGGUGAUGAGAGGAUACAGGCUGUCCUUGUAGAGAGGGACAGUCUUGAAAGGAAGUUGGAAGAGUCACAUCAGCAGCUGUCUGAGAUAAAAAUGACUUGGAGCAACAAAAUAUCACACUUAGAGGAGCAGAUAGCACAUUUAAAUAAAAAGAUUGUGGAGGAUAAUGAGGAAAUGGCACGCAGCCAAAAAUCUUCUGAAUCAUUAAGACAACAGAUGAAGUCACAGAUUACAGAUUUGCAAUUAAAGCUGGAUGGUGCAGAAAAAAGGGCAGAAGAAAAUUUUCUCUUGGCCAACAAGAAAGAUUCUCUGUUUGAAGAACAGAAACAUGACUUAAAAGCUGAAGUAAAUAAGUCCCAUAUGGAGAAGAUGGACCUGGAGACAAAGUUGAUAGCCAAGAUCACCUCUCUGGAAUCCCAAAUUCAGUCUCUGGAGGAAGCAAAAGUGCAUGAAAAGAGUCUAGUUCUGCAGAAUGUUGCACAGUUAGAGAGUCAGCAGAAGAGUUACCUAGACAAUGCUGUCCAAUUGGAGAGGCGUGUGGAAGAGGUUGAACAAGAAAAAGACAAGUUGAUGAAUGAAAAUUUAGAGAAGAUGGAAGAAAUUGCAAGACUUCAAAAGGAGUUAACAGAUCUCCAAACAUCAAAGACUGAAACUGAAGCAAAAGCCACGACACUAGAAGAACAAGUGAAGUCUGUGAAGCAAAAUACAGAUGCUUUGAAAGAACAAAAGGCAAAGUUGAAAGCUUCUCAAAAAGAAAAGGAUGAGUUGAUGGUAAGGAACGCUGAGCUGUCUCAGCAACUGAAGUGUUUGGAGGUGAGGAAAUCCUCGGAGGAACAACAGCUCAGUGGAGAGAUGAAAGAAAAAGAGUCUCUAAUCGAAGCCCUUCAGCAGGAAGUGAAGGAGAAGGAGUCACAAGCUGAAGAAAUGAAUGAGAGGCUGCAACAGUACCAAGGUCAAUUGAAGGAAUUUGAGGUUCAGAGGUCAAAGUCAAUGGAAGAAAACAGUACUAUGUCCACACUGCAGCAGACAGUCACAAGCCUAGAGGAACAGCUUGCAGACAAAAAUAAGGCCUUGAAGAAACAGGAACAGAGGUUAGCAGAUUUGAAAAAGACUUUACAAAGAGAACUUAAGGUGCAGGCUUUACCCAAUGAUGAACCUAUCCUGAUACGGGGUGCUUCAGAUCCAAGCCUUUCUUCUCAGAGACUAACUCCUCCCACUCAAACAUCUCCACCGAAGGACUUUACAAACAAUUUCGGGGGACUAAGUCCCAACAGACUUCUCGAAGUGCACAGUCCAAAUGACAGGAAGAACAUGCGUAUGCCAGGGGGAGAUAACUCUCUAGACAAUGAAGUGAAUUUUCAAUACCUCAAACACGUGGUGCUUAAGUUCAUGUUAAGUAGGGAAUCUGAGGCUCUCCACUUGAUACGAGCUGUUUCUGUCUUGCUUCGAUUUACUCAUGAAGAACAAAAACUUAUUCGUGAAACUUUGGAGUGGAAAAGAUCUUGGUUUGGUUCUCGUCCACCAACAGGUGCUGGUCAAAUGACCAAAUUUAUUCCCCCAUCGUAUUGACAGUGAGCACAUCAAGCUGUGAUUAUGAUAUUGAUUGGAUAUAGACUAUGGGACACAAGGUGUAAUGGAUUUGUAAGCAUGUACAUGAAAUUCAGUGUUAACAUUGGGGAUGAUAUUGGCCUAUAUGUAUAGAUAUGCUUUUUAUGAUAAGAGAUGGUCUUGUUUCUGAAGGUUGAACAAGUCGUUUAAAGACAAAUUUUAUUGGACAAGAAACUUGGAAAAAAUAGAAGUGUCUAUACAUAGUGUACACUGCAAUUUAAAGACAAUUAAAUCAUUCUUAAAUUUGUUAAAAAGAUACUUUGUAACGCAAGUUCGAUCUCACUGUGGUGGUGUUGCAAAACUACUUUUAACACAAGUUCAAUCUCACUGUGGUAGUGUUGCAACACUACUUUUAACACAAGUUCAAUCUCACUGUGGUAGUGUUGCAACACUACGCUGAUGCUGCAUUGAAAUACAUUCUAUGUAUACUGUAACACUGGUAAAAUUAUUUUACUAUAUUGACAAUACGCUGUAACCUGUACCGCAGGAUUUGUAAUACUUUGUACACUGUAACACAAGUAAAUCUUACAUCUUUAGUAAUACACUGUAACAGGUCUGACAAUGUUAGUACAGAAUACAGAACCAGGGUAUUGUCUUAGUAUCAAAAAACAACAUUCUUUUAACUCUUGAAAUUUUCCUGUGUUAGCAAUAAUUUCAGUGCAGGGUUGAAUACAUGACUGUUAGCAAUACACUGUAAUGAUGGUCAAAUCUCACUUGAUAGUAAUACACAGUCACACACUUACAUCCUGAUGAGAUUACCACACUUUGAAUUUGUGUAUUUAAUAUUACAGAUAAAUGGCCAAGAUGAUCACUGUUAAACUACUCUUUAAUAAAAUGAUGGACAUCUCUGGAAAAAUAUGCUUUUUUAAACAGUGUCACUUUGUGCCCCAUGUUAUCUUGUUUUUGAGGAUUAAAUACACGCCUCUUUGUAUUAGGAAUUUGAUCCAGAUAGGUCCAGAUUUUAGAAAUAGUGUGUUUGUGUGUGGGUUUUAAUGAGAUUAAUGGCAGAUUAAAUAAAAAUACAGAGUAUGAGAGAUUGUAAGUCAAAUGUUUUUAAGUGGAAGAAAUUUUUACAUGUGAAUCUCUGCAGUAUUUGCAGAAUUGUUAAAUUAAACAUUUUAUAUGUUGAGAAAUAUGAGAUAAAAUUUUGAUUUUAUGUAUCUACAAGCCUUUAUGAUAUAUGUGGAAUGUCUACCUGGGUAUUUAUUUAUUUGUGGUUGUGAACCAUAUCUGACCUAGUAAUGAUGCCAAGUGCCAGAUAUCAACAGACAGAGGUUCCUUCUGUCUUUUCAUUUCUUUCUUUCAAAAAAAAAAAAAAAACUACACACCAGUAUUCAAAUACAUGGUUUAUGACCAAACAUCUUCUGUCUGUUGUAACACCUUAUAUCUGUUUUCCAAAGGGAGACAAUAUUGCUGGCAUUUAGACUUCCUUAUAAGGACUUACAUGGUUUAUGAUUAUGUCUGUGGGAAAUGUGUUCAUCAACUAUACUAUAAAUUCAACAAUGUUUUCUGGCAUUUUUUUCUUUUUGUCGAAUUUGAGAGUACUCUUACUUAGCAAAUCUAUGUGUCCAUGAAAUUAUAAACAGUAAAAAAUACAUAAUGUGUUGUUAGUAGUGGCUUUCGUAUGUACAUACUGUACAGCUCGUUAUUUUCAAAGGGAUGAUUUUUUCCUGAUUUCACAGUUCAUUUCUUGUGAUCAGGAAAAUUUUAUCUGCGAAAUAUUAAGAUGCUUGAAAAUAUUGUCCGUGACAUAAAACAUUUGUUUGAGUGAAGUAACCAGUACCAAGCUGCUUUAACUCAUUCCGUAAUGAUUUUAUGAUUUGACGGAUGGUAUAUACACAUUUUGAUACAAGUUUGGGUAGGUAGCAUUCCUAUAGAUGUGCGAGAUAAACAAGGGAGCGUAACAACUAUUGCUGUAAAAUUUGUACAGAACACUUUAUGUACAUAACUCGUCUAUUCACAAAAAUUUGAUUUCAAGUUGUGAAAAUUUAAUUUUCCUGGUUUAUGUAAAAAUCAUGAAAAUAUUUGCCCGCAAAAAUAGACGGCUAUGCUGUAUGAUAUUGUACUAUUUAUUCAUGAAAUCAAAUAACAACCAAAAUAUAUUUUUACUGAAAACCAUAAAAAUUAAGCUCUACAUAAAUACAUGAUUUGGCAGUUGAAAAUCACAAACCAUAUUCCAUAUGUCUCAUUCUUGCAAACUGUAAAAUUCCUGUAAUAUUUAUACUCAACAAAAAAAGAAACACAAUUAAAUGAUGCAAUCAGUAGCCUAUGAUAUUUUGGGAAAUUUGUACAAAAUGAUGUUUCAGUGCCUGAUGUGCGCAUCUCUUGCACGGAUUCUCCUAUGCGUUGAAUUCAUGAGAACAUUAAUUCACCUAAAGGGAAUGUUGUUCAGUUCUUGUGAUGAUGCUACGAUCAUCUGGGCGCGGCUAGUUGGGGGUUUUGACGUUUCCUUAUACACCUGUCCAGCUCAUAGCACAGAUGCUCAAUGGGAGAUGUGUCAGGGCUAAAUGGGGGCCAUUCCAGAGGCUGAAGGUUGUUUGAGAAAAUCACGGCAGACUCUGGCAACAUGUGGUCGAGCAUUGUCUUUCUGGAAAAUUGUGUUAUGACAUCUGAGAAGUGGAAGGACGGAAUCGAUCGCGUUCAACCACACGAGUCAGCAAAACACUCACCAUGUCCCAAUAUACUCUUUUUUUUUCUUUCUGAGCGAUACAGACAGAAUCUAGACUUUUCAGUGAACAUCACACGCCUCCACAGACGCAUCCCAAACCUAUUUUGGCCAUAUCAAGACGCACUAGCCCUCUGAAUUUUCACUCUUGAUGUAAAAUACUUGACUAGAUAUUCCAUCAUUUCCUUACAGCUAAGGUGUACUGCAGGGGGGACUUUGUGCGCUUUUUUUUUGUUGAAUAUGUAACUGAUCAGUAAGGUUGUUUUUUUUGUAUCUGUAUGACUUAAAUAUGCAUUGUAAUAUUAUUGACUUCAGGGAUGAUUUUGCAUGUGUACAGGGUUGCGACCAUCAAACAUCAAAACUAUAGGAUAUUGUCCACUUACAUGCCUGUCAUUCAUCAUCUAAAAAGGAAAUCGUUAGGAAGUUUAGAUCUAUUUUUAGCAGAAAUCGUUAGGAAGUUUAGACCUAAUUUUAGCACAAAUCGUUAGGAAGUUUAGACCUAUUUUUAGCACAAAUCGUUAGGAAGUUUAGACCUAUUUUUAGCACAAAUCGUUAGGAAGUUUAGACCUAUUUUUAGCACAAUUUGUGUGUGCAAGGUUAAAAGCCAUCAUGUGAUAUCGCAAGGUAUUUCUGGGAUGUAAAAUGUAAAAAUAUUUGUAUAUAAAUUCUAGCUUAAGAUAUUUAAUAUAUCAUUUUAAUUGUAUAUAUAAACACUAAUUGUAAACAAAAAUAAGAAAAAAUGAUCCUUGUUAUAUUAAAAUAAUCUUCCUAUGUUUUAUAUUCUAUUUCUUCCAUGGCAAAUCAGUAAGGCCAAAGAUUUUUAAAUUAGAAAUUAGAAAAACACCAUUAGUCGAAGUAUUUGCCAAAAUAAAACUUUCAACACUCAUAUUAAUUUCAGUCAGUCAGAACACUGUUCACAGGUGGUUAACUCCAGAGAAAAUGUGAGAAGAAAAUUAAUAUGUCUGAAAACCCCGAGAUCUAGGGUAAUAUCAGGUUGGCACAUGUUCAGUAGGAAUUCUGUAAAUGGCUUACCAUACAAGGUAUAAGGACCACCUUCUUGAGUAUUUAUAUUUUACAAUUGUGAAGUGAAAGUAAUUUGAAAAAAUUACAAAUGAAUUUGUAGUGGAGAUUUUGAUGAGCAAUUUUAAUUUAUUAUGUGUAAUGAUUUUAUUAUCUUUUGAUAUUUAUUAAUUGCUUUGAUUGUCAAAAAUCAUGUUGAAAUGACUGCUUGCUAAGUCACUGAACAGUUGUGGCGACUACCUGCUAAGUCACUGAAUAGUAGUAACAACUACCUGUUAAGUCACUGAACAGUAGUGGUGACUACUUGCUAAGUCACUGAACAGUAGUGGCGACUACUUGCUAAGUCACUGAACAGUAGUCGCGACUGCCUGCUAAGUCCUAAGUCACUGAACAGUUGUGACGACUACCUGCUAAGUCACUGAACAGUUGUGAUCACUACCUGCUAAGUCACUGAACAGUUGUGACGACUACCUGCUAAGUCACUGAACAGUUGUGACGACUACCUGCUAAGUCACUGAACAGUUGUGACGACUACCUGCUAAGUCACUGAACAGUAGUGGCGACUACCUGCUAAGUCACUGAACAGUUGUGAUGACUGCUUGCUAAGUCACUGAACCGUUGAGACGACUACCUGCUAAGUCACUGAACAGUUGUGACAACUACCUGCAAAGUCACUGAACAGAAGUGAUGACUGCCUGCUAAGUCACUGAACAGUGGUGGUGACUACCUGCUAAGUCACUGAACAGUUGUGAUGACUACCUGCUAAGUCACUGAAC